AUGGAAUUCACUCAAGGAAUGGACGAGCCUUUUCAUGAAGCUUGGGAAAGAUUGCAAGAACUCCUCUGCCAAUGCCCACAACAUCAGCUGACCAACGUGAUGAUAAUGCAAUACUUCUACAAUAGAGCAGAAUACACCGCCAGCGCUGUCCAGGAUGCCAGAGAUGACAAGGGUACCAGAGCAGACUACGGUACCAGAGCAGAUGAUGAGGACAGCCCUGGAAAGUUCACCGUUGCCAAAUCCAGUCCUGUCGAAUCCAGCCCUGCCAAAGCCAGCUAUGCAGAAUCCAGCCAUGUCAAAUCCAGAUCUGCCAAGUCCAGUCCUGCCAAGACCAGCACUAAAAAAUCCAGCUCUGCAACAUUCAGCCCUGCCACUUCCAGCUAUGCAACGUUCAGCCCUGCAGAAUCCAACUAUGCAAAAUCCAGCUAUGCAACGUCCAGCCCUGCAAAGUCCAGCACUGCCAAGAAGGCAGCCAGAGCAGACACGACAGCCAGAGCAGAUAAGGACGAUAGAGUUGAUAAGGAGGCCAGAGCUGAAACUUCGCCUGUCCACUAUACCAUAUCGACCACCGAAAGCUGUCCAACGUCCCAGCCCACCUCUGCCACCACUGAUUGUUGA